AAGCUUUACAUAUAUUUUUAAUUGUUAAAUGAUUUCCAUACGUCAUUGUUUAGGUGUAGCUUCUGUUUUAAAAAAUAUCCAUAGAUUGUCGUUGACAUUUUCUGCAAGACCAAUUUCAAUAGGAAAAAUGGCAACAAAAACAAUUCAACAACGAUUUGAAAAUAUUGUUAAACCUAAUGAAGAUAAAAGAAAAUAUUUAGGAUUAAAAUUAACAAAUGAUUUAAAAGUGUUGCUGAUAUCGGAUCCUGAAACCGAUAUUUCAGCUGCUUCACUCAGUGUAAAUGUUGGUUCCAUGUCGGAUCCAUGGGAAAUUCAAGGAUUGGCUCAUUUUUUAGAACAUAUGCUUUUUAUGGGCACUAAAAAGUAUCCAAAUGAAAAUGAAUAUAGUAAAUUUUUAUCACAACAUGGUGGAAAUUCCAAUGCUUACACUGCUGAUGGUAUAACGAAUUUCUUUUUCGAUAUUGCUCCUGAAUAUCUAGCUCCUUCUUUAGAUCGAUUUGCUCAAUUUUUCAUUGAACCAUUAAUGCUUGAAAGCUCGGUGAAUCGUGAACUUGAAGCUGUCAAUAGUGAAUUUGAGAAAAAUAUUAAAAGCGAUAGUUGGCGUUCAUUACAAAUUAAAAAAUCAUUAGGAUCACCUAAACAUGAUUUUUAUAAAUUCAAUAUUGGUAAUUAUGAAACGUUGAGAGAUUUACCAAAUUCUUCUGGUAUCAAUAUUAGAGAUGAAUUGUUUAAAUUUUAUGAACAAUGGUAUUCAGCAAACACAAUGUGCCUUUGUGUCUAUGGAAAAGAAACUGCUGAAGAAUUGACUGAAAUGGUGAGCAAUUUGUUUACAUCGAUAAAGAAUAAAAAUAUCAAAUCACCGAAUUGGACUAUUCAUCCGUACGGAGCAGAUAGUCUUAUGAAACAAGUAUAUUUGGUACCGAUCAAAGAAAAACGGACACUGGAAUUAGUUUUCACAUAUCCUGAUGAAAUAAAACAUUAUAAAUCAUCACCUGGAAUGUAUCUAUCGCAUUUGAUUGGCCAUGAAAGUAAAGGUAGUCUUCUUUCGGAACUGAAAAGACUUGGUUUAUCUUCGGCAUUGUUGAGCUAUUUUAAUUGUAACGAAGGUUUUGGUUUCUUUCACAUUAAUGUUGAUCUAACCGAAGAUGCUAUGAAUCGUAUCGAUGAUGUAAUCAUAUUGAUUUUUCAAUAUAUCAACAUGCUUAAAGAAAAUGGCCCUAAACAGUACAUAUUUGAAGAGAAUAAAGGAUUGAAUUAUAUUAAAUUUCAUUUUAUGGAAAAAUGUAAUCCAAUCGAUUAUGUGGCCAAAAUAUCAUCAGAUAUGCAUUAUUAUCCAAUUGAAGAUGUACUAUCUGCAAAUUAUUUGAUUGAUCAAUUCAAACCGGAUUUGAUCACCGAACAUAUUGAUUAUUUGAAACCAGAAAAUUGUAUUAUUGCAAUUUCAAGUAAAAGUUUUGAAGGACAAACUGAUCGUAAAGAAAAAUAUUAUGGUACCGAUUAUAAAAUCAUUGACAUGGGAAAAGAUUUGAUUGAAAAAUUGAAAAAUCCUAGCCGAAAUGAAAAUCUUAAAUUUCCUGAACCAAAUGAAUUCAUACCAACCGAUUUCAAUAUAAUCAAAUGCAAUGAACCAAAUACAAAUGUGCCGAAAUUAUUGAAUAGUAAUGAAUAUUUUCGUGUUUGGCAUCUUCAUGACCAGACAUAUGUUAAACCGAAAGUAUUUUACGCCUUUAAAUUGAUUAAUCCAAUUGUUUAUUCAAAUCCAUACAAUGUGAAUAUCAAUUCAUUGUUUGCAAUGUUGUUCAAAGAUGAUUUGACUGAAUUCUUGUACGAUGCUGAAUUGGCCGGACUUUCAUUCAACAUACGCAGCACUGUUAAUGGAUUUGAUAUGGAAUUUUUUGGCUAUAAUCACAAGAUGAAUGUUUUUCUUCGAAGAAUUUUUGAAAAAUUGAUUCAAUUCAAACCAACGGAACAACGAUUUGAGAUAUUGAAAGAGAAAUAUGCAAGAAAUCUACGAAACUAUAAAACACAACCACUUUAUUAUUUGACUAGUUAUUAUUUGAAAUCAGUGACUAGUGAACUUUUCUGGUCAUAUGAUCAUCUUAUUGAAGCAUUGGAUCGAAUGGAGAUUAGUUCAAUUAAUAAUCUUAUGCAGGCAUUUUUUACGAAUUUUUUAUUGGAAGCUUUUUUUCAUGGAAAUAUUGAUAAAGGACAGGUAUCGGAAAUAAUGGAUUUCAUUCAGAACAAUGUCAUCGUUCCGAAUCGUUCGGUGCCAUUGCAUAAAUAUCAUCAAGCAAUACCUAGAGAAAUUGUUUUGGAACCAGGCUGUUCAUAUUCAUAUGAGGUAAUCAACGAUAUUCAAAAACCGAAAGCAAUCAGCAUUUAUUAUCAAGUUUCAUUCGAUAAUAUUAAUGAUAUCUCGAAACUUUUGCUUAUUGAACAAAUUUUGAGUGAUCCAUGUUUCGAUUAUCUACGAACAAAAGAACAAUUAGGCUAUGUUGUCUAUACGAAACUGAGAGAAUUUAGCGGUGUUUAUGGAUUGAUUUUUGUAAUCCAAUCAGAUUAUAAUGUCUCUUAUCUUGAGGAUCGAAUCGAAGCUUUUAUCGAUUGGGCAAAGAAACAUUUCACUCAAAUGAGUGAAGAUGAAUUCAACACGGAAAAACAAUCAUUGAUUACUAGAUUGUUGAAGAAGAAAAAACGUUUACAUGAUUAUUCGGCCGAAUUAUGGGGAGAGAUUUCGAAAGAACAAUAUCGUUUUGAGAAAAAUAAAAAAUAUGUCGACAACGUAAAAGAAUUGAAUCGUGAAGAUAUCUCAUCAUUCUUUAUUAAACAUUUUGCCAUUGAAUCACCGGAACGGAAAAAGAUUAUGAUACAAAUCAUUAAAUCAGAUUCAGAAGCAAAUAAAACAUUACCACCAAUUAAUGAUUCGGAUCUGUUGCCAGCACCGCCUAAAAAGGAAUCUAUAUUGAUUAAAAAUGUUGAAGAGUUUACAAAAUAUAAAUCACUUUAUCCAUUACCUAAACCGAAAACAUCAACAACAACAACAACAUUUUUAGUACAAGAAUAGAUAAUAAUGAGCAUACAUGUUACAACAAAACUUUUAUCUUCAUUUUUUUAAAUACAAAACAAAAUAUAGGUUUUUUUUCACUGAUUAUUCAAAAAUAAAAGAUU